AUGGGCAACGCGGUGUCUGCGCUGGUGUUUCAACCACCACCUGCUACCUAUGGAUACACGCGUCGCUACUUUUUCAUCGUGACGUCCAUGCACAACCGAAUCCCGGCAUUCUUUAUUCCAUGCGAUAAGGCUGAAUAUACCGUGCUCUUCUCUCAUGGCAAUGCAGAAGAUCUAGGAAUAAUUUACGAUUGGUUUCGUGAAGUAAGCAGGAGACUUCAGGCCAACGUAAUGUCGUAUGACUACUCUGGUUAUGGCAUCAGUGAAGGUGAACCUAGUGAGGAAGCAUGUUUCGCGGAUGUUGAAGCUGCGUUUGCUUACCUCGUCAAUGUGAAGAGGGUCCCACCUGGGAAAAUCAUUUUAUACGGCAGGUCACUUGGUUCUGGUCCAGCAACACAUCUCGCAGCUAAGCAGUCGAACUUGGGACAGCCUGUAGCAGGCGUGGUCCUCCAGAGUCCCGUGCUCUCCAUGUUCCGCGUGGUCUUUAAUUUCCGCUAUACAUUACCGGGCGAUUUAUUCUGCAAUAUAGACAUCAUCGAUCAGGUACAGUCGCCUGUAACGAUUAUCCACGGCACUCGAGAUGAAGUCGUGCCCUUCUGGCACGGCGAAGGGCUGUUUGAAGUGUGCCCUCAGGAGUGGAGGUGCAAACCGUUGUGGGUGACCGAUGCAGGCCACAAUAACAUCGAAGCCUAUCUAAGCACGUUCGGCGAUACUUUCUUUCAGCAUCUCAUUGAAUUUGUCCAGGUGUGCCACGCAACAGCCACAAUUCGAGCUGCAGAGGCUGCCGAGAUGAGGAUAUCAUUGACUGGUAAAAAAACGGUAUGA